GUCAAUAGUCCGGUUUGCCAGAUGCCCGCCGUGAAUCCCUUUACUUGGGACACAAUGAGUGACUUCGAGAGGAAAGAGAUGCGGCAGUGCCACAACGACAGCGAUAUGGUUACAAGUGAAUUCGAUUUCGAGACACAUCAGUACCGAUUGCACAUUCACGAGCACCUGGCUAGACCCAUUCUGAAAACCAAGGGCCAUGCCACCAUGAAGUGCGAGUACCGGGAAAUAUUACGGGAUACCACCGCCAAGAAACCGGAUGACAACUAUAAACAGCUCGGAAUUCGACCCAUUAGGAACCACCAGUUUGUUUCGAAAAACAUCAACUUUAUGACCACCAAUUGCUAUGUAAAGGAUGCGCAUAAUCAUCGACAGGUGCUGCAAAGGGAUGCCAUUUCCUUCAUUCAAGACCGUCUAACAAAGAAGAAGGUGAAGGAUUUUGAGAAGAAACAAAGUUCGGAUCCCAAACAACCGAGUGUCUUUAUAAUGGGACUGGACUCCACAUCGCGGAUAAAUCUGCGGCGUGCGAUGCCAAGGGUCCUCAAAUUCGUCAGCCAACCCGGAUGGUUUGAGAUGCAGGGAUACAAUAAAGUGGGCGACAAUACAUUUCCCAAUCUUCUGGCCAUCCUGACGGGAGAUUCCGAAGAAGGAGUAAAGGAUUUUUGUGAUGUCAAGAAACCCGGUUGCCUGGACACCCUGAACUUUAUUUGGAAGCGUUUCAAAAAAGCCAACUAUACAACAGCCUUUGCCGAGGAUUGUGAGUCCAUUAGUACCUUUAACUACCUGAAACCGGGUUUCGUAAGGCAGCCAACGGAUUUCUAUCUGCGACCUCUGCUUUUUGCAAUCGAAAAGCAGUUUAAGGUGACCAAGGACUAUGGAUAUCCCUACUGUGUGGGUCGUCAUCUCAGCUUCAGUUAUGUCUGGGACUUUGGCCAGCAGUUCAUCGAUCGUUUUCUGGGCAGAACUCCGCUAUUUGGCUUUAUAUGGAGCAAUAGCUUCACACACGAUUACUACGAAGGAGCCACCGCUUUGGAGGAUCUCUUCUUAAAGUACCUAAAGUCCUUCGAAGAGUCCGAUCUCUUUAGGCAAUCGAUUGUGAUUCUGAUGAGCGAUCAUGGCUAUAGAUACAAUACUUUGAGGACGGCUUCCACGGGAUAUUUUGAGGAGCGCAUGCCCAUGAUGUUUAUCCAUUUGCCGCCUUGGUUCCGCCGGAAAUAUCCGCAUCUGGCGGAGAAUUUGAAGACAAACCGAAAUCGACUAUCCUCCAAUUUUGAUGUUUACAUGACUCUGCUACAUUUACUCCAGUUGGAUGCGAAAUCCAUGGCUGAUUUUCCCGAUAAUCUGAGGGCCAGGCAGUGUAAAAGCUGUCAAUCGCUUUUCUUCGAGCUACCUUUCAAUCGAACUUGUCAUAUGGCCGGAAUCGCUGAGAAAUGGUGCUGUUGUCAACCCACCAAAACUGUAACAAAUUUGCCUUUUGCGAAGAUUAUAACACAGACCAUUGUAAAGCGCAUGAAUGAGCAUUUAAUUAGCCAUAAUCUUAGCCAAAUUUGCCAUGAUUUUACCUACAAAAGUGUCGAAAAGGCGGAUCGGAAAACCAUCCUAUCCACUGGGGUUAAACCAUCCGAUAAGGACGAGCACAUCUACACCAUUGUCUUUAAAACUCUACCGAAAAACCCCCUUUUCGAGGCCACUGUUCUUUGGAAUAAUCGAACACAGAAGCUUCUCCCCAUGAAAGUGGAGGAUCUAAGUCGUUUAAGUUCGUAUAAAAACGAUGCCAAUUGCAUAAAUGAAAAGAUUGCCAAAAAAUACUGCAUUUGCAAGGACAGUUUAAAUAUAACUAGUGAAGAUUAA